ACCUCUCCCAACAUAGCUUGAGCAGUUGGUACAAAAACAUAGUAAAACAGUGCGUUUGAGUCCCAUUAGGAUUCCCAGGAAAAUUGUCUCAUUUGGGUCUUGGCAAUGGCUGGUUUCAAGGGUUUACCCCUCGGGGUGUUGCUUGUUUCCGCUCUGUUCAUGUUGUCCGAAAGUAGGGUGGCGAGGAAGGACCUUGGCCUGGACCUUGGGCUUGGAAACUUGGGGGUUGGUGUUGGUGCUGGUGUCGGGAUAGGCAUUGGGCUAGGGGGUGGUGGAAGCGGCUCGGGAGCGGGCGCCGGGUCAGGUUCCGGUUCUGGAUCCGGGUCUAGUUCGGGAUCAGGGUCGGCGUCUUCAUCAGGUUCAGGGUCGGGCUCUGGAGCUGGAUCUGAAGCUGGUUCAUAUGCUGGGUCUCAUGCGGGGUCUCGGGCAGGGUCAGGAUCAGGAUCUGGUGCUGGGUCCGAAGCUGGAUCAUACGCUGGUUCCUAUGCGGGGUCUAGGGCCGGGUCCGGAUCAGGAGGCUACCAAGGGCAGGGAAAAUAAGCAUGUGGUGUCUUGUUAUAGAAUCAUCUCAAUCACAAACCGAAAAAUUGUAAUGGCACGAUUACACCUAUGAAUAAACAAGUAAUGUGCUGAGUGUGUUGGUGGUGGGUAAUCACUUGAUAUAUUUCAUGUAUUGUGAACCAGUUUCUAGGGUUUGAUCUUAGUGUCUCCAUCUUGCUUUGAUUCAAAGAAUAUUAAUAACCAUUAAUGUUAUUCAU